AUGUCUUCUUCUACUUGGUUCCCCUUAGAUUCUUUUACUACUGUUCAACCACAAGCCGAUGUUACUGCAGGCGAUAACGUCGUUAGCGAAAUGCUCCAUUUAUAUAUUUCCAAUGCUUCCCAACACCAUCCUGAAAUUGAAGAAACUGGAUCGUUACUUACAGAAGCUCAACCUAUUGCUGGAUUUGACUCUAUCAACUCUUCAGUUUCUUUUCCUGAAGAUGUUUUGGUCACACCAGUUUCAAAAAUCAUUCCUCGAUCUAUGGCAUCCACAAAUCUGGCAUCCCUCACAUCCACUGGCUAUCUUAUGGCCGUGACUCAAACUCCCCAGAAUGCCUUCAAUCUUGACAAGUCUACAUCUUCCUUUGUCACACCAUUAGCAGCUUCUUCUUCUCAAGUGAGUCCCGCCUUUUCUUUUGUGACUCCUCAAUCGGCCUUUAUUUCUCAACCAGAGUUUACACCCUCAUAUUCUGCGCCUAUUUCUCCACACAUGAUUCAGCCUGUUGAAAAUAUUCAACCGACUCCUACUUCAGCCGCCCCAUCUACAUUUCAUACCACAAACUCUAUCAGCUUUACACCUGUUUCUACACAACCUCAAGGUGUCACUUUUAAGACAUUAGAGCCUAUUUAUACUGUUAAACCUUCAGAUCCUAAUAUGUCAUUGUCUGAAUUAACGUUGGACUCCACUUCUUCUUCAGGAUCAGACCCAAAUCCUAAACUGGAAGUGGCAGAAUCUAAUGCCCCCGAAGAGAUCACUGGCUCAAAUCCCUUUUACUCCCCUCCAUCUUAUUUUUCCACAACAUCUUCUCCUUGCGAGGAUCCUUCAUCUCCCCCAUCGUUAAUCCACUCAGAUUCCAUCUCUUCUAUAUCUUCUUACUGUUCUAUCGAGUCUGCAACUUCUUCUUCUUUGUCACUUGCUUCCUCUCGAUCUAUCUCGCCUCUCAGUGCUGUUCCAAACUCUCCACAAAAUGUUAUUGUCGUUGAUCCUUCGACAUCAGUGGACCCUUUUGCCUCGCAACCUUCACAGCUUGUUCCCCAGCCACCAACGCAAGUUCUUCACACUAUCCCUAUGGCCUCAUAUUCUCAUGAGCCAAUGAAAGCUAUUCCUAUUACAUAUAGCACUCCUACACAUCCUAGUCAUAUUUAUCAUCCUAGCCCUUCUUUCUCUUCAUCAAAUAUGACCCCUGCAGCUGCAGCGGCAGCAGCCUCGGCAGCCGCUGCCAAUCUUGCACUUACUCUUACUAGUGGAUAUCCCCGUGUGCCUCACGGUCAAGGGUGUGUUUCGGGUUCAAACACACCAACCCGCCUUACUCGAAGAAGUCGAGGUAACAGCGCGUCAAGCGUCUCCUCAGGUAUCUGCGGUGGCAGGAUUUCUCGUUCUGACGGUGAAAAGCCUCACAGAUGUGUUCACUGCAACAAAUUUUUCCGACGUUUGGAACACCUUAAGCGACACGCAAAAAUCCACACUGAUGAGCGCCCUUUCCAAUGCGAUGUUCCAGAAUGCGGACGCAGAUUUAGUCGAUCAGACAAUCUGCGCGCACAUCGCAAAACUCAUAUGAAGAAGGGUGGCCGAAAUUUGUUUAUCGAAGGUUUAGAAGCAGAUAUUGCAAUUGUUCCUAUCGAGAAAUAA